AGACUAGUGAGUGGGGCAGUCGGGGGGUGAUUCCGAUGUGCAACGGUUCCGGGCCGUGACCUUUAACAUCCAGAACCAACCUGCUGGGUGCUGCUCACACCACGUCCACCCCCGCAGCCAUGUCGAAGGACGAAGUGAACUGCAAGCUGACGUCGGUCUACAAGCACAAGGAACGUAAGCCUAAGAAGCCCCAUUACAUCCCGAGGCCAUGGGGGAAGCCUUACAACUACAAGUGCUUCCAGUGCCCUUUCACGUGCAUGGAGAAGUCCCACCUGUAUAACCACAUGAAGUAUAGCCUGUGCAAGAACUCGCUUUCUCUGCUCAUCGAGUCCGAUUGGCCCUACAAGAAGGGGAACUUGCUGCACCCUGAGCUCCGUCUCCUGCAGGCCACGGAGGCUUCCCGGCUCCGUGGGAGGAGACACGAGCAAGAGGCCUGUGACUCCACGGCUGCAGCCGGAGGCAUGGCUAAUCCCAAGCAGGCCACGGAUGGGGACAGCGAAGGUGACAAGGUGGUGGCAGCGGCUGAAGCCCUGCCUUCAGAAGGGAUGACCGCAGAUGCCAGCCAGUUCCAAGAGGAGGAGGAAGUCAUCACUGGGCUGCUGAGGGAGAUGGACGCAGGAGAGAAGAAGGAGAAAGUGAAGGAGACGGGUUGCCCUGGUGACCCAGCCGAGCCAGACUCCCUGCUCUUCAGGUUCAAGAACAAGAGGGACAAGCCUUGCAAAGAGGCUGAGCCUGACUUCAUCAUCACAGAUGUUUUCUCCCUGAAGAACCACGUGACGAAGGGCAAGGAAAUGGCUCCUCCAGAGUUAGAAGCCAAGCCAAAGCAUUGCAAGGGGCCGAAAAAAUGCCUGGGGAGUGGCGGGGUCCUCAUGGAGCAGUGGAAGCUGGUCGCCAAUGGGCAAAGAAGGGGCACCACUGAAGUCUCCUCACCAUGUGCUGAAGGCAACAUCAUCCCCUGCUAUCCCCCUCCAGCCUACAGCGACUACCAUGAACCUCAGGGCCUCAACCUCUCAUUGCUGGGUAUCAACUACCCACUGAACCCCGGCCUCUUCUCCUAUCUCGGUCCCAGCAUGGCCAAUAGCACCACGCCACACCCCCAGCUGGCCCAGCUGCCCUUCCUGGCCUCCACCACCCAGCUGAUGCACCCGCACUCUGCGCACUUCCAGCCCCUCCAGACCCCUGAGCGAUCGGCCUUCUUCCCACGAUUCUACUACCCCCUGCUCUUUGAACACACCUUCAGCUCAGCAGAAAGCAAGACGGUGUCAGGCAAAGCAGAGGCCCAGGCACCAGCAGGGUCUGCCAUGCCCGCUCCUACCCAAGCCAAAACCCCUAAUGAGCCACCAAAGGCGGGGCUGCUGAAGGUGCCAGUGCUGAAGGCUAGUCUUCCUUGGGCGAAAGAUAUCAGGGAGGAGCCAUCUCCUGACCUCAGCCAUAAAGCCAUGCUGGUCGAGGAGGAAGAGGAGAAAUGGCUGGCCCAAGAAAAGGAAAGCAACUCGGCCUUGGGCAUCAACAGCCUCUGCAAAAAGCCAGCAUCCAACAUCUACCAGAACCUUGUGGGGAUAAAAGAUGGGGCCCUUCUCCCCAAUAGCAUCAGGAAGGCAGAGUUACCAGUGGUCGCCUGCUUAGAGAACACUGGCUCCUCAGCCAGCUCCUUGAAGAGGAAGUUCACUGGGAGUGGACUUGAGUCCAUGGGAUCUGAAACACUAAUGCCUGGAAAAUUAGGCUACCAAACCAGUAAUUUGAGAGCCACCCCUACCCAGCUCCCAAAGUCCCUGGACCACUGGCACAUGGAAUUUCAUGCCUACAUGCCUGAAGACCAGGAGAAGACCAGUGGCUCUGAUGUUCUGUCCCCUGUGAUUACGGCCUCUGAUCACCUCCUGUGUAAGCAGAACAAAGUACACAGGACUUCCACCAGCACAACAGACCCAGAGGCCACAACUGUGCUCAUCGGGGACCUGUCAAAAACCCUGGAGGAGUACCAGGAAGUGGAGAAGAAACUCUCUGACUUGGCAAAGGAAGACACCCCUGGGCAGAAGCAGCUGAGGGAACAGCUGGUCAAAAUCCGAAGGGAGCUCUAUCACAUCCACCAGGCGCUGGAGAAGGCCACUAAGCCCCAUGAAGGCCCUUUGGACCUCUCAGUGAAAAGGUCCCAAGAGGGCCCUGAGAUGGGCCACCAGGCCAAGAAAGAACCCUGCAAGGCCAACCUAGAAGACGAGAGGCUCCAGUGCAAAGAGCAAGGUGCCAUAAGCAGGUGCUUGGCAACCAGCGAAGCCAGGGAUGGGGACGGGAUGCCAAAUUGCCUUCUGGAUGCUGAGAAUAAAACCAUAGACCUGCUGAUCAAGAUGAGCCGGUCAGAGAACCUCCGGGCGUCAUCCUCUGAGGCCCACCUGGGUGCCGUGAUCAAAGCCGAGCUGCUGCCCCUCAGCGUGCCCCUAGAGCUCCGUCACGUCAUGGAGCCCUACUACAGCCGCACCACCAAGUGCGAAGCAGACUCCAGUGUGCUGCUCUGCACAGACGGGAGAGCCAGUGCCACCCAAGGCUCUCAGAUCCCAGGGACUGAGGACAGGCCGCUGAGCUGCCGGGCCAUGCAGCGCUCCCUGUCCUGUGGCCUCCCCGGUGAGACAGACACCGGGUGUAUCCACAGCCCUUUAAACGCAGACCCAUGAUCCCACUGGGCACCUGCCCAGAGCUCUGUGCAUUCACUGAUAACCUCUUCUCACUCUCAACCUCCCCAGCCCACUCCCACCAGACGAAGGCUUAGCCGCUGCCUGACUGCGAAGCCACAUAGCGCUUUGCUCUCUAACUACCCGUGACAGGUUCCAUAAGGUGUAAAAACCAACCCCUCUUCAUCCCCCUCCUAGCUGCUAUGCACAGAGCUCGUGGGCUCUGCACAUCCUGCCACCCCUGUCCUGAGCCUGCAGCUCCUUCCACUCGAAUGAGAGGCAGUAGGCAAGGAAGGGAAGUGGCUUCAGCGUAACUGAGCCUCAGCCGUCUUCCUCCUCCUCAGCCAGCCAGAUGGGGUCUCUUCUUGUGGUUGAUCGUAGAGACUUGGGGGACCCCCAAAAACCUGCAUCGGUGAAUCAACAAAGCCCAAGACAGAUGAUCUGAGACAGGCCAGGAGCCUGCUGAGCCCUACAGGACAAAGAGCUGAGACUGAAAUGAACUGUGACCAUCGCAUCUGAGAAAGCCGAGGCAAGGAGCUGACAGCUGUUGUGGGGUAGCCAUAGGGAACAGACACACAGAUUAACCUCACUGCAUGCUGGAUGGUUCCACUUGCUCCACAUAAUAAAUCUGAGAGCAGCCAUGGCUGUAGCUAUAAGACUGAUCCUGAAGGAGAGACUUUAACAUUGGGGCAUCUUUUCCCCUUUGAAACUUGCUCCACCGCGCUAGAGGGCUGCAUUGUACUCAGACAUCUGGUGAACAGCGGGGCCAUGAUCUUGUCCAGGAGCUUGGCCACUCUUAGAGGGCCUGGCCCUUUCCUUUGUCUCAUGUUUAAAUACCCUUCCCUGCCCUGUACCCUGAUAUGAAGUAAUUUCAGAGGCAAGGCCCCAGAUCCAGUCCCUGGCAUGCCGUCUCCUGGAGAAGCAGCCACUCCCUAGAGCUCCUUUUUGUUCAUUAAAAAAUUACUCCUAUCUAUAAGGACAUGAAUCCAGAUAAUAAGAGGGCCAGAAAGCCUAGUGAUGUAAUCAGGAGGGCGGGGGCAGCAGAGCUGUCUGAGGCGCUGCUAUCAGUGAGGCGGCUCCUUUGCUAAUAAUGAUUUGAAAGAGACUUCAGCUUUCAAGACCUCCUAGAGAUUCCAGCUGGCCGGCUGGUCCCUGCUGCCCCGAGCUGACCCUCUGGGAGGCUCUCUCACCUCCAGUCAGUUGCUCGCAUAGAAGAGGCUUCUUCAGAAGUGCUAAGGCAGCUGGGCAACAGCGGCCUGCCCAACAGGCCAGCAGAGCCUCCUGUGACUUUAAAUACUGGGUAAGACCCCCACCUCUCUGGAACUUCGCCUUCUCCCUGUGUCUCCUCCUCGUUGGAUGGUAGGAUUCCAGAGAUGCUCAUUGCGGGAGUCUUCUGCUUCUUGCUCUGCUUCUGCCACUACCCAUUCGUCAGUAGUAAUGAAGGGAGAAUGGAUUCGGCACAGGGACCUCAAAUCAUCCCUGCCGGCCCCGGUUCAGGAGCAUGGAUAUCCGCCCCCAUGUCUCCCAUGCUUUUGAUGGAAAAAACAGCUUCCCAGAGGUCCCCUGGCCUCCUGAAGAGCAGUGUCCAUCCACUGAAACCAGUGCUGCCCACAUAAUGAUUUCCAAAGAUAGGGCCCCGCUCUGCCUCUCCCAUCUUUACAACCAUCCCAUCCACUAAAGAGGCAGUGGUUCCAGCAGUCUAGACCAGAGAACCAUAACUAAGUCUAGCUGGUGGCUGGAUCUUUUGACUUGGGGGGCAGAAAAUGGGGGAAACAGGUCAAAGAGUAGAACCAUCCCCACAAGAAGGGGCCUCAGCCGCAGAACAGAGGAACCCUUGCUGUAGACAACACUUGGACUCUGCAAAGGGGAAGUGAAUGUGGAGAGCUUUGCUGUCCCUGGGUGAAGAGGGAAGACCUUCAGAUGAGACAUAAGGCCCCCAUAUAGUUUCUGGGCAUUUGAGGAAACAUGGUGGACUGUCAGCUGGGAGUGUUGCAUAAUACUGAGCCUAUGGCAAUGGCUGUCUGCUGAGUGCAUGGACAUAGAGCAUCCACUUGAUCUAAAGUGUGCAUUCUAUGCAGUCCUGCCUGGCUAGUGGCCAUGACAGAAGGGGAGGGACAAGCACUUUGUUUGGGGGACGCAGGCGAAUGCCAGGCCCUAAGGAUGUUUAGAGCCCACGGCGGCUCUCGUUGUCUACAGAGUUGUCAGACUUUGCUCGUUGGAAGGCACCUGUCCUGAUGGGGUGUCGGUAAAUGGAGCAUCCCCCAGCCAGAAAGGGCAGCCUCUUCAGCAGCACAGCAAACCUAGCAUGUAGGAGGUCAGCAGAUGAAGCAUGUCCAGAUACUAAAGGCUGGCACCCCUAAGACCAUGCUAAGCUGGCAGUAUGUAAUGCCCCUCCAUAUUAAGAGGGCAGGUGCAACAUAGCUUGAUCUAACACCAUGCUGGCACAUGCCCACAGCCCAAGUCAUGAUAGCAGCACAGAGCCCUCAGACUUGAAACAGGGAGCCAGGGGCUCCUACACAGAUUGGUUUGUUUCCAUGCCACAACACAACUUUUGCAUGUUAUAAUGUCCUUGACACACUUGCCACUCAGUCUUCUGCCAUGCUACUGCAGCGGGAGACACCUUGACACAUGCCAACUGAGUUUCCCAUUGGCAAGGCUACCACAUUCCAAUGAGGUCAUCCCCUCCCCAGGCUAAUGCUAGCCCCCUUCUCCUGAACUGGGACACAAGGGAGAAGUCAGAGAAAAGGGAUGGGCCUGGAGCUUCUGUAGGUUCCUAAAUGGGAAUCUUUAUCAAAGGAUCUGCACCCAUUGAUUUCAAGGGAGGCAGGAGCAGGCUCACCCAGGCCUUGCCCAAGCAUCAAGUCAGCGACAGAGGUGGGAUCAGAACUCAGGAAUCCCUGGCUCAUGUUCAGACCACUGAACCAUGCUGCCUUUUGUAGCCUCUCUCCUGUAGCUGACAUAUAGCUUAAAUAUGGAUAACUCCUCGCCACCCAGGUCCUCACCCCCAGCCCCCACUGGAAUGCAACCACCACGGGAAUGCCCCAGGGCUCUCUUUAGGCACUGCUGGACUGUGUGUCGCCUACCAACAGUCACACUCCAUGGACAGGGGCAGCUCUAGCUUUUUUGCCACCCCAAGCACGGCAGGCAGGCUGCCUUCAGUGGCUUGCCUGCGGGAGGUCCACCAGUCCCGCAGCUUCAGCGUACCCGCUGCCGAAUUGCUGCCAAAUCCGCAGGACCGGCGGACCUCCCGCAGGCAUGCCCCCGAAGGCUGCCUGACUGCCGACCUGGCAGGGACUGGCAGGCCGCCCCCUGCGGCCUGCCGGCCCAGGCAGGCACUUGGAGCACUGGUGCGUGGAGCCGCCGCUGCCCAUGGAGCAAUCUGUACAUGGUAGGUUAUUUAUUUCUGUAGAAGACAGGUGCUGAUGGAGGAGUGGCUGGCAUAUGCACCAGGUGGGGGGUGGAGACUAGUCACAUCUUAUUUAUUGUUCACAGUUUUAAGAAUGUAAAAGUAUUAAAAAUUACCUUAAAAAAUUAAGGAAUUCCUCAAUUCUUUUGUUAGCAUCUCUGGAGCCAGCUGCCACGGGAAAUGCA